AUGAAGAUACCACCGACCGGCAACUGCAAGCACAACGAGCGGCACUGGAGGCACUGGACACCCUGGCUACGGAGGCCCAUCACAUUGAUUUGCCCCUCCCACAAACACUCCCCAUCGCAACCGGCUCGCCGCGAACAACUGGGCGGAACAACACCAAGCGGCUUACUCCACGGACCGCCGCACAAUCCUUCCCAUCGGGCUCGAGACGCCGAGGACGUGUGGCUGGAAGAGGAGCCUCACCUGGUUCUACUGGCCGACUAUCAUGAUGACACUACACACCAAAGCAGCGAAACACCGGCCGUUGGGGUUCGCACUGCCGACUCUGCUAUGAGAACCCGCGCGACACGGUCCGCCACCGGUUUGGGAUCUCGGCACCGACAUGCUCUGAAUCCGGUCACGUCGACAGCCGUCUCGGGCACCGACUGCAUCAAACAUGGACGAUGA